AUGCAUACGGUGCAAGAAAAAGGAAAAUUCUCUUCACAACCCCAACAAAAUCCAAGUGGAGCCCAUGAAAUUGGAGAGACAAGUGAAAGUUCUACUAAGGAGGAUGAAGUCAAAGCAAUCAUUACCUUAAGAGGUGGUAAGCAAGUUGAUCAACCUAUGCCAAAACCAAGAGAGAAUAAAGAUGGGGAACAAAAGGAAAAUGUGAAAGAACAAGAAAAAGGGAAAGAGGUGAAUGAGGAUGAUAGAUCAAAGGAAGAUGAGAUUGUUAAAGAAGAGGUUAAGAAGAAAGAUAUGCUCUUAGCUCCACCUUUUCCCAUGGCUCUUCAAUCCAAGAAAGUGGUAAAUAAUGCUCCAAAAAUUUUUGAAGUUCUCAAGCAAGUCAAAGUCAAUAUAGCACUCCUUGACAUGAUUAGACAAGUUCCAGCCUAUGCCAAGUUUCUUAAGGAUUUGUGUACCAUAAAGAGAGGGAUUCAUUUGAAAAAGAAAGCUUUCUUGAUGGAACAAAUUAGUGCAAUCAUCCAAUGCAAAACCCCAAUCAAGUAUAAGGAUUCGGGAUGUCUAACUAUCUCGGUGAAGAUUGGAAACACUUUUGUGAAAAGAGCACUUUUAGACUUGGGGGCAAGUGUGAAUCUUCUUCCUUACUCGGUAUAUAAGCAAUUGGGGCUUGGAAAACUAAAGUCUACUUCCAUCACACUUUCAUUGGUGGAUAGAUCGGUUAAGUUUCCAAGAGGAAUUACUGAAGAUGUGUUGAUCCAAAUCGAUAACUUCUAUUAUCUGGUUGAUUUUGUGGUGCUUGAUACACAUCAAGGAACUAGUGGACUCAACCAUGUUCCUAUUAUACUUGGCUGA